AACAAUCAUAAGUACUGUAACAGUGAAAUGAGCAAAGUGCUGUGAAAGCUACAGACUACCCUCCACAACUUAGUCUUGAAGAAAAGGUUGCAACGAAAGUCACAGUGAGAUGCCACGUGCCCCCAUCAGGCCCCUUUCCUGAUUGGAGAUUUCCAGCACAAUAAUCUACUGGAAGAAGUUUUGAACAGUUGUAGUGCCUGUGGGCUACCCAGUUAGGCAUAUUCAGUGGAAAGCUAAAAAAACGAGUCUGCAAGUCUAGAUCUCAGGAGAGAGAGACGGAGUCCCUGUAUGUAACUCACACAGACCUGUGAUUUUCCGUGUGCACAGGCAGGAAGGACUUGGGGGCAGAUUAGAAUCUCUCAGGGUCACGUUGUUUUUCAAACCACCAUCCCCUCCAGUGCCCAAGAUCCUGCUUCCCCCUUCACUUUGGUGACAUCUUUCCUGGCUUAAGAAUAAUUGUCGGAAGCGAGAGACCGUCUUGAUAGACACGUGUCACGCGGGUGAACCACAGGGAAGCAGGAAACACGUUGAGAAACACUGGUGGCGGAGUAGUUAAAUGCUGGGGCGUGGAUAAAAGCUCAGGAAGAGUAAGAUGACGAAGAGGAUGGGGUUGAAACCUCAAGGAGACAGAGUUGUAAAGGGUAUGACUUAAAUUCCAGCGUCUUGAAAUGUGUUAUGGUCAAGGCACCUGCCUGUUGAUGCCUGGUAGACAUCUUUGAACUUUAAAAACGGAGAAGACCUGCUUUUAGAGGAAAAUGCUGAGGGACGCUAUGAAGUCUUGGAAUGAUAGCCAGUCAGAUCUUUGCAGCACUGACCAUGAAGAGGAAGAAGAGAUGGUUUUUGGUGAAAAUGAAGACGACUUGGAAGAGAUGAUGGAUUUAAGUGACCUGCCUACCUCACUUUUUGCUUGCAGUGUCCAUGAAGCAGUGUUUGAGGUGCCGGAGCAGAAGGAGAGAUUUGAAGCGCUUUUCACCAUCUAUGAUGACCAAGUUACGUUUCAGUUGUUCAAAAGCUUUAGAAGAGUCCGAAUAAAUUUCAGCAAGCCUGAGGCGGCGGCACGGGCUCGGAUAGAACUCCACGAGACAGACUUCAAUGGCAGGAAGCUGAAGCUCUACUUCGCACAGGUACAGAUGCCCAGUGAAACACGGGACAAGUCCUAUUUACAGCCACCCCAACCUGCCAAGCAGUUCCUCAUCUCCCCUCCUGCGUCACCUCCGGUGGGCUGGAAGCAGGGGGAAGACGCAACACCUGUUAUAAACUAUGAUUUACUCUGUGCUGUUUCCAAGUUGGGACCAGGAGAGAAAUAUGAACUUCACGCAGGAACCGAAUCCACACCAAGCGUGGUGGUUCAUGUCUGUGAAAGUGAAACUGAAGAGGAAGAAGAAACAAAAAACCCCAAACAGAAAAUCACCCAGACGCGGCGCCCAGGACCUCCGACCGCAGCGCUGAGCGAGCCCCGGGCCUUCGACUGUGCGCUUUGAGGCUUUGGUGGCGCGGCGCGGAGCCGCUGCCCACCGGGCCUGGGAUGUCGGGGACAUGCCCAUCGGUGACCUUGGCCACUGCUCCGCCAAGGGGAGGCCAGGGGGCAUGGAGCACCCGCACUGGGGACAGUAGAACACGGUGUAGCAGUUUUAACUGAUCAGUUAAAAUCACAGCUUUUAACUGAUGUUCUGAACAGCAUAUUACUUUAAAGGAUUAGCCCCCACCACGUGGCAGCUCUUGACCACUUUUAAACAGCAAAUUAGGAGAAUGGCUUCCUCCAGAAACAUUGAUUUCCCUGAUUCUGGAUAGCACGGGGUACCCCAAAGUGAAAACUGUAGUCACCCAGGGCAGUUCCAUUUUUGAGAACUUAAAAAUAGUUUUACAAUUAAAAAAAAAAAUUAGUCUUAACAAUUUUAAUAAUCUAGUCAGGUAUGUUUGUAACGGUCUAUUGGCUUCCAACAAGUCUGUUGGUCAAAGAUUCAUCGCUAUUCAAUAUACAUGGAAUUUUUGGCCCAGAAAGAGACCUGACAUAGAGAAUAAUUCAUAGAAAAUAAUUUUUUUUUCUCAAGUGGUUUUUUUUUUUCUUUAGCUUUGGGGAAGAAAUGCCCAGUUCCCUUCAACUGUCAGAUCAAGGUGCCCAAAUCUACGUGCACACUGUUCUCAUCACAAAGUGAUCCAUAAUAGGCCCCAGUUCCUGAUACGCCGCCCAGGCAAAGAGCUGCUGCUUUGGGAACGAGACACAUCACCUGUGAGCUUGAUGACUGUGACCUUGAUGCCUGUGACCUCAUGCGGCUGCCACACUGUCCCAUUUGUGACACAUCCUGGCCUGUAGCUUGGACUGUCUUCAGCCACCAGUUGAGUGGUCAUUAUUCAUAUUUGUGUGUCAUCAUUCAUAGACUUUAAAUCAGAAAAAGUACUGAUAAGAUUUUCUAAAGACUGUUUUUAAAUUGUCCAUUCAAACAUUUUUCUGUUGGCUUUGACACAGAAGUCACACACGUUGUUUUUCUGUGAGUUAGGGAAAGAUGUAACAGAUAGGGAUAAUUCAUUGGUCAGAGUUUCUUUUGGGUGAAAUUUGUUUACCGUGGCUUCCCGUUGGCGUUUUCCCUUAAAACAGAAUUGUUUCCUGCUUGUGUUUGAGGGUGUAUCAUUGAACAGACAUCUUCUUAACUCUUUUGUGGUCUGUUUGAAUUUCGAAGUCCUUUUUGUAGAAAAGUGUCGUAACUAAGAAUGCUUUGCUUCAGAUCAGGUAGCCAUACUGGUUCUCUGCUCCCUCCAUCGUUUUCUUUGUAAGACAAGUGUCUGGGGCUCCUCGCUGUGUCUGUGCGAGGACUUGUGAGUUUGGACUAAUAAACCAGUGUGGCUGCCACAACAACGAAAGAAAAAUGUAGAAAUUCAGAUCAUGCUUUCGAAACAUUUUUGGUAACGUGUUUCUGUGGUCUAGAUGUUCUUAUUGUGGUAGAAUUUAUUUCUAAGGACUUAAACUUUAUUGCAAAAAAAAAGUUUUCUAUAUUUUCCUUACCUUAAAAUAUGCUAAGAUGAUCAACUCUUCUGUUUGUAUAUAUCCACCACUGGUAAGCCUCGAUGUAAAAUUCAGUUGAAAUUUGUGAUUCUGCAAGCAGCUUAUUAAACUUAUUAAAUUUAUUAUUUGGCAGUUUAACUGGCAGCCACUUAAUAAAUUUACUUUGCAGUUCUAAAUUCAA